AUGCCGAGGUUCAUCUGAGCCCAACGUGAGCCAAAAAAACAACUCAAAAUGAACGUUUUACCCUUCUGCUUUUGUGGAUACAUCUUCACUGCUGCUAUUAUAAUGGGACAAUGUGAGCUACAAGCCUCCUCAUCCCAGACUGGUGAGAGUCGGCCUGAUCAUUUCAUAGGGUUUGCCUCAGCCCCCGACAAAGUGUCACACGGCUCAGUGGUCCGUGUGCGGUACCGCUGCUCGGGGCCCUGUCGGCUGGCGGUGGAGGUGGUGGCGUCCACAUUAAAGGAGACAGAUUCAGCCGUCUUCAGGAGGAAAUGGAUCGGAAGCACACCGGGGGUCUACAGGAUCCACCAGGUGGCCCUCAGAUUGCCUCCGUCUAUUUUAUAUCGACGUGACUUCUUCAACAGGCACGUUUUGGACACACAGAAUGUGACAGUUCGCGCUUGGUUAGACCUUCUUGAAGAUGGCGGAGAACCUUACCGGGACUCUGUGUUGAGGGUUUAUAAAGAGCUGAAGGUGGAGCCAAUCUCAGAGCGUCCAGCUAAACCGCCCACCGAGUGCCCCUCAUGGUCCGCUCAGCUGGUGUGGCAGACGACCAGGAACAGGAUUCAUCGUUGUCCACACGAGUCAGACGUGAUCGAUAUGCUGAAGUUUCCCCUGGCGAGUCCUGGUGAGCACUUUGGAUCGGUCCGCGUGUUCAAGCCUUUUAUCGACCGACACCUGGAGAGCGCCCGUCUGCAUGCUGUGACACAGCCCAGCGUCACCUUCUCCGUGUGGAUCUACCUGCUGAAAUGGUGUCAGGAGAAGCUCUGCGGGAUCAUCCAUCACGUCGGCAGGAAGCGCGGGUUCGACUCCGUUCUGCUGCAGCUCACAGACACAGGAGACGUCAUUAUUCAGACACGUGUGACAACGGGAGAAGAUAAAGCUUUCCGAGCCGGCGUCGUGUUGCCCCGGUGGAAAUGGAUCAGAUUGGACUGUUACAUAUGGGACUCAAAGGUGCUGCUGGAUGCAACAUUGGAUGAUGAAACCCGCAGAUAUCAAUACGAAUUUCAGGAAAGCGUCUAUUAUGACGACACUGAUGGGUACUUUGUGAUCGGAGGAAGCAAGUACAUGCGGGGAUUCCGCGGGUAUUUUGGGCCAAUCAAGUACUACCGUUUCGGAACUAAAGAGGUGAGAAACCAGCUGGAGUCAACGUUGCAGGAGCUGGAUAAGACGCAUCAGGAGUGUCAGGAAGUGAAAGCGCUUACACAAGCUUUUCUUAAGGAAGUGACGGAGAGUCACCACACGACACCAGACGACACAGGUGCGUGUACUCCUCUCUUCAGAAGACUUCGGGGUCCGUCCAGAGACAAAGUGUGCACCCAGACAUGGACGUGGGAAGAACAACUUGAAUACAGCACACUUUUUCAUUUCUUGCAAUCAAAAAAGGAGGACAUCAGAACAGGAUCUUUGGGCAUGAAGGAGCUCCGGACUGUUCUGUUUGAUCAGGCAGUUGGUUCAAUGUUGAGUUCGGAUGAGGAACAAAAUGAAGUCAAGUUCAGAUCAACGGCUCUACUCCGAAUUUCCUCCUGCUUUGGAAAUCACAAAGCGUCUCUCUUGUUGGCCACAGUCUACUUCUCCGGCCUCGGCCAAUCAGUCGAUCGACAGCAGGGUCAUGUCUACAGUUUGAUUGGCGCAUCGGGCAAUAACCGUUUCGCCCUGAUGCAUGCUGGGUACAAGCACCAACAAGGAAUUGACGGGUUUCCAAAAGACCUGGACGUGGCUUACAGCUACUAUUCCAACGUCGGGGCACGGAGCCUCGUGGAUAGUUCCAGGAUGCAUGAAAAUGAGCAACACCAGCUGGAACUCAUCUAUCUGAGCAACAAAGAGGAUUUAAAGAGCUUCACCGAGGAGACGAGCGACGUCUUCCACUAUCUGAAGUACCGAGCGGAGAAAGGAGACGUCGAAGCUCAGAAACACCUGGGCACGAUGCUCUACUGGGGACGUCACGGCGUCUCAAAGGACGUGGCGGAAGCGGUGAAGUGGUUCGAACGAAGCGCUCUGCAGAUGACAGAUCCUUCAGCCAUGUACGACUACUCCAUCCUGCUGAUGAAGGGCCAGGGAGUGAAAAAAAACUUCACCAGAGGUUUGAAGCUGCUGGAGAAAGCUGCAGAAAUGGGCUCCACCAACGCUCUGAGCGGUCUGGGUUGGUACUACGGGUUUAUUCUGAACGACCACAAAAAGGCGGUAAAAUACUUCCGGCAAGCGGCGCUGAACGGCAGCAAUGACGGCAUGUUCAACCUGGGGAUUUAUCACCUGAGCGGCGCCAACCCGGACCACCCGCUGAGGAACGAGACAGCCGCGUUCCUGCAGUUCCUGAACGCCUCCCGGCUCGGCCACGCCGCCGCAUCGGUGGAGGCGGCGUGGUACCUCUCCACGGGGAACCUGGAGGGCGUGUCCCAGGACGCCGAGAGCGCUGUGACAAUGCUGAAAAAGGUCUGCGACCAGAAUGGACAUCUUGGCUUUAUGAUCAGAGACGCUCUGCAGGCCUUCCUCCAGGGCUCCCGGCAGGGAGCCUUUGUGAAGUAUGUGUUGGCAGCUGAAGCCGGUCUGGGUUUGGCUCAGAGCAACGCAGCCCACCUGUGUGAGGAGCUGAACCUCCUUCACGACUGUCAGUGGAGGUAUCAUAACUUCUCCAUAUUAAACUACGAUCCGCAUCCGGACACUCUGCUGAAGAUGGGAGACCACUACUACGCUUCCUCCGGCCGGCGAGGAGACUCAUUAUCGCCGUCGGUCGGUGAGGCCGUAUCGAUGUACGGCCGAGCAGCGGCAGCAGGAAGCCCCCAGGGAAUGUACAACCUGGUGGUUCUGGCGGAACAAGGCCACGUUCUACCGGAGAACAUCCACCACUUGUUUAUUAACGAGUCACAGGGAGACGAGCAGGACAUCGUGGUGAAGAUCUUAAAAAGAUGUGUGGAGAUGGAGGAGGAGGAGGCGUUGCUGCCCUGUUCUUUAGCUCUGCUCAGAGUCCAGAUGGGGAAAGCCUUGAGGAGAAUGAGUCAGAACGGAGCCCAGCUCCUCUUGACAUAUGCAUCUCUUCUCUCUGUCGUUGUCACUAUUGUCAUCGUGCCACUGCAGAGCUGUCUAGAGCAAAAUGUUGCCAGUCGGCGAGUGUUUGCAGCGAGGGCAUCCUCCGUCAGCCAAGGUGGCGUCGACUCGGACAGAGAGCAAGAUGGCGUCCCGGGAGGAGCACACGGCGUGGCGGGGAAUCUGAACGGCGAGCGGCGGCGGCUCCUGCAGACCUGUGAUCUGGCCGUGACCCUGUGCGGCGUGUGCCUGAGUGCUUUCUGCACGGCGCUGCUCUAUCACCUCUUAUGA